UGAUCCUCAAAUAUUUUAUAAGGAUUUUUACGUGCUUUUGAAAUUUUUUCAAGUACUGGACGCUCCAAUUCCAAAAUGGACAUAUUUGGCUAAAAUUUUCAUGGCGUUUUGUGCAAUUACUGCUCAGAGUCUCCUAUCAUUGAGUGUCUAUCAUGGUAUUGACAACUUUGAUUUAUCAUUCAUGACAGAAGCGGGCACUUACUUCAUUGUCGUGUCGUACAAGCUGCUGAUACUCGCCUGCACGAAGUUUAAUCUUGCCAGUUAUCAUGGUUUACAACGUAUCAUGAAAGAAGAUUUUACAUAUGUCUGUAAUAAGGGUGGAAAAUACAGGGAGGUUUUUUUUUACAAUCAGAUCCAAACACGUAAAAUAUGCAAGGUGGCGAUUAUUUUCAUGGGUGGUAUAGCCGUGGCCAUAGUAGCCAUAUCUGUACUUUCACUUGUAUACUAUCUGGCAACUCACGAAAGGGGUGAAGGAAGCAGACCACUUCUUUUCCCAUUUUGGGCCUUCGAUACCGAUUUCGGAGCGACGCCGACUUACGAAAUAGCGUUUGUAUUUGCAAAUACAUGUGUCAGUGCAUACGCAUUUAAUUAUAUUUUCAUGAGUAUAACCCAAAUAAUAUGGAUCAGAGAAAUAGCAGCCAAAGCCGAUAUCGUCAUAUUGUGCAUCCAGGACCUAAUGGACGGAAUACACCCAACUAAUGAUAGCGACGAGAAAAAAUAUUUCGGUAUUAUAAAAUAUCGAAUGAGGGAAAUUGUCAAUCAACAUCAUUCAAUGAUUAUCUUGAUAGAACAUUAUGCCAAAGUUUAUAAGAAACUGCUGUUAUUCGAACAAAAAGUUAGCGCUCCCGUUGUUUGUCUGAGCGCUUACUCUGCGACCGAGUCAACGGAUGGAGGCGAAUUUAAUGCUAUUCUGAUGGUUCUUUGUAUCGGAGCAAUAGUAUUAUUUUUUAUACCGUGUUGUUUAUGCACUUACUUGUCUAUUAAGGUCACUUCAAUUUGCUAUGCAUUUUGGGACAUCCCCUUCUGGAAUGGCGGUCUUGUCAUACGGCCGUAUCUAGUACUUAUUACGCAAAUGUGUCUCAGACCUCUCCCGCUCAAAGCAUCGGGUUUCGAAGAAGUGUCCGUGCAAACAUUUGCUAAUAAAAUGGCGUCUGCGUUUUCUUAUUUCAAUAUGCUGCGACAAGUAAAUAUAUGA